AUGUCCCUUUCAGAUUACUUACCAAGUUACGUAAAGUACCUUAUAGCUGGUACAUCUUUAUUAACUUUAACCUUUGCCGGCUUAUUAUACUCGUUUCAAUGUUCUUUGAUAUAUCCUGCUAAAUUUCCUAAUGGAUCUCGAAGCCUCGUAUCGAAACCCUCCGAAUUUGGGAUGGAUUACACCGAAGAGCUUUUAAUGACAAGAGAUGGGAUUCAAUUAAGAGCAUAUAUAUGUAAAUUACCCCAAAAUGCAAGAGAUAGACCUACCAUUUUAUUCUUUCAUGCCAAUGCCGGAAAUAUGGGACAUAGAUUACCCAUUGCUAGAAAAUUUUAUAUCGACUUCAAGUGUAAUGUCGUAAUGCUUUCAUACAGAGGAUAUGGUCUGAGUGAAGGAACUCCGACAGAAAAAGGUCUUAGGAUUGAUUCGCAGACAAUAUUAGAUUUUGUUUUGAAUGAUGAGGAUUUAAAAAAUACAAAAUUGAUCGCAUAUGGCCAAUCCCUUGGAGGUGCCGUGUCAAUUGAUCUAGUAUCCAGGAAUGAAGAUAAAUUCAGUGGCAUGAUCUUAGAAAAUACUUUUCUUAUGAUACCAUAUGUAUUGCCACAAAUUAGAUAUCUGACCUUUCUCUGUCAUCAAAUCUGGCCAUCUGAACAAUCUAUACAACAAAUCGUUAAUAUUCCGAUAUUAUUUUUAUCUGGGCUUCGUGAUGAAUUGGUUCCACCAUCACAUAUGCGUCAAUUAUAUGAAUUGUCUCAAACAAGAGCAACAAAAUUAUGGAAAGAAUUUAGUAAUGGAACUCAUAAUGACACCAUAACUCAAUUCGGUUAUUUUGAUGCUAUUCAAAAUUUUAUAAAAAAUUAUGUCAUUAAAGAAGAGUAA